AUGGUAUCCUCAAAAUACCAUCGAUUGCAGAGAUCCGAUUCCUCCUCAGCUGAUAGCUUACCAACUCCUGAGCUCGUGACUAGCGUUUCUCAAGACGACGAGUCUGAGGCCUCGAUCGAUCUUGCUAUUACUCCGCCUCCCCUUUCACGAUCCGAGUCAACCUCCAAAUAUGGCCAAAGCACAUACUUUCCUUCUAUAGACAAGGCGAAGGACUUCGGAUCCAUUCUCGUGGCCCCAGCAGCAAGCAAUAAAGAACCGACCAAUAGCGACGCACAACCAUCCCCAACUCCCCUUGUUCGUCCUGUUCUGCCUGCCUCAAAUGCCAAAAGGCGAAUCAGAGAGAGAAGAUAUACAGUCUCCGGCGCGAUUGGUGAGGAUCCAAAGAGCCCUGUCUUAUUAGACAGAUUCAUACCCGAUCGCGAAUUUAUCAACUCGCCGUCUACACUUUUCCGUGUUGGCAAGCGUCCCCAAGAAUUGUCCCCGGAUGAGAAGUUUCUACGGCACCGUUCACCAAGGGAGGACCCAUUUAUGCCGGGUCGCAUCAGGAGAUUUACAAGGACCCUUCGUGUUGUUUCCAGCCGUUUCAAUAGCACUCAUUAUGGCCCCCAUCUUGUCAGUGAUUCGGCUACUACAGCAUCUGGAAGCCACAGGUCCAGGGUUUCCCCCAGGCAGAUAAGCGAUGGAGCUGUAUGGCAUGUCGGCGGAACAUCUGCUGCACUCGGACGGCGACCCAUGGCAGUGAUUGACGAUGCUGGGGCCCCCAUUGCCAGCGGAACAACUGCUCCUACGUACACUGCGAAAUUUUUACCCCAAGUCACCUCCACCGAGGACCAAAAAAAACACGAGUCAAGAGUAGCCCUGGCACUAGAUAUCGACCCAGCAGCAAGAUUACUCAAACAAUGCAAGCGCUGGCCUUUGCUCGAGUCGACGCCCGAUCCGUCAACUCGUGAUUACGAGCGCUCCUCCCCGUUGGUUUGGAAAGACAAUGCUUGGAAGAAAGCUGAGAGGGACAAUUGGACGACAGAAGCGUCAAGAGAACAACAUACAAGGAUGGUUCCGACCCGUCCGUUCCGGAUCCUCGAUGCACCUCUCCUUCGUGAUGAUUUCUAUUGCUCCACAUUGGCGUAUUCACCCACUGCCGGAGUGCUCGCUGUUGGCCUUGGCCACCGUGUCUACCUUUGGUCUGAACUUUUUGGUGUUCAAUAUCCACCCCUUCGUGACCAACACUCUUCAAACUACGUGACUUCUUUAGCAUUUUCAUCGGAAAACGGUGGGAAGAGUAUUUUGGCCGUUGCUCGACAUUCGGGUACAUUAUGUCUAUGGAGUACAUUUGACUCCGAGGUUAGAUUUGAGGUUAGCCACCCAGAGACCAUCACAUGCGUGGCCUUCAAACAGACAAAGUCACGCAGACUGUCGGAGCGAUUUGGGAACGUUGAGAUAGACACGGAAGAUCUCGCGGUGGGCGAUGACUCUGGCACUAUCUGGUAUUAUUCCGUGGAAUGGGCUGAUGAAAGCACCCGGAACGAGUACGAUUGGCAAGGGAGCAUGACCUUGCUUGCGAAAAUAACAGCUCAUUCGCAGCAGGUCUGUGGCAUCACCUGGUCACCGGAUGGGAACUAUAUGGCAACCGGAGGUAAUGACAAUGCAUGUCUAAUCUUUGAACUCCAUGAGAUCAUUCCGGCACACGAGCUGGGGAUCGUCGAGGGUUGUUGUCCGUCAACAGACGCGCAAGGCACAAAUGUGUUUUCUUCAUUCUCCGCAAGGACCAGUCGACAGAUUUUGGGCAGGUAUCGCUUCGUCAGCCACCUGUUUCCGUCCUGGAACCGUUACCGCACUGAGCCCUUGUCAACGUCUCUCCUCAGCUUCACCGGCUCCCUUGUUUCUGGGGGCGACCGCACAACGCUGGUGCCGCCCAAUCGGCAGAAGCACAAAUUGAUCCAUUCAGCGGCUGUCAAGGCGAUUGCGUUUGCCCCCUGGCAGCCAUCCCUCCUGGCUACCGGCGGUGGCUCGAAUGAUCGAGCCAUCCAUUUCUACCACACUCCUUCUGGCGCAUGUCUAGCUACGAUUAGUGUCUAUGCUCAGGUGACUAGCCUGAUCUGGAGCAGGACCCGUCGAGAGAUUGCGGCGACUUUUGGAUUUGCACAGCCCGAGCAUCCGUUCCGAAUUGCCGUCUUUGCAUGGCCAAGCUGUGAACAAAUCGCUGCAGUCCCCUGGGGCCCGUAUGGCAGUAGCUGGGAUGGUCCAGAGAACCACUCCUUUGGCGACUGUGGGAGGGCCCUCUGCGCAGUCAGCUAUCCUGGCAGGCCCCCGACUUAUCCCGGUAGUGGGUUCGAAUGCCCCGAAGGCUUUUCGGCGUCGAAAAUGCAGGGCCGGUUGAACCGAAGAGGACGAAGUGUACACUGUCCGCGGAGCAGCCAACGGGCAACUAUGCGACCCCGGGCGAAGGAGGGAGGAUUAUGGUGCUCGCGUACUAUGGAGGAAGGAUGCAUCAUCGUGGCGUCUAGUGAUGAGAGUGUCAAAUUCCAUGAAGUAUGGAGCAACACGAGGAGAAACAAAGCAGCGGUCUCAAGCCCCUACGGAGGUAAUGGGAUUCUCGAGGGACUUGAAGGGUUGGAGAAGCCAGGGAACGAAAUCAUCCGCUGA